AUGUUUCCCUCGAAGAACAGAGAACACGUUCCUGCCGAUGAGCUGGCUAUAUUUAUUCCCGACGAACAUGACCCAGUCUUGAUAAAGUUGCAAGAGCUGAAGAAGCUUGCGCGAGAGUGCUGUGACUGGCGAAGGGAGACUCCACGUGGCUCGUCUGAGUCUGCAGACUCGGAUACCUCUUCCGCCUCCUUGGAGAGCCUGUCUUCGUCUUUUUCAAGUACAAGUGAAGCAACAGUUUACGACAACUUCACCACUGAAAACGAGGCCAAAGCUUCCAAGUCGUCCGAAGCCACUGCAAAGACCGGAUGGCAGGCCAGUCCUCAGGCCAAACGGGAUGAAUAUGUCCCUGCCUUUAGCCAACCUAUUCCCACGACACAGUGGCUAGGAAGGCCUUGGCGGGACGGCUGCCAUCCAUCAGUCCAUCGCCAGCAGUAA